AUGCCAAUGCCAAUGCCACUCCAGGUUACAUACAUCCUCCCUCGGGCCUCUCACGCUGCCAGCCUCAUCGCACAGGGCUUCUUCGCCAGCUUCGUUUUCGGCAUUCUUCUUCUCCUGGCCGCCGCGGGCUACCGGCUUUUCUUCCACCCCCUGUCUCGCAUUCCAGGACCUCGACUCGCUGCCAUCACCAACUGCUGGCUCGCCUAUCAUGUUCGAAACGGCCAUAUGCUGCAGCUGGGCAAGACGCUGCACACCAAGUAUGGCCCGGCUGUUCGGAUCGGGCCGAACGAGGUCUGGUUUAACACCAAGGAUGCCUUCAGGUUGAUCUACAUAGCCACGGAGCUACUCAAGCCCAGGCUUGACGCACGCCUGCGCAUCCAGUCGCCCGAUACGCUCGACCUCCUCGCCGAGCGGGACAUGAAGCGUUACCGCCUGCAGAGGCGCCUGAUUGGGCCCAUCUAUCACACGAACAACGUCAAGCGCUACGAGGCCGCGGUCGAUACCGUUCUGCUCCGGGUCAUUGAUCAGCUGCGGGCGCUGGACGGGUCCGAGGUCGACCUCAAGGAGUGGAUGCACAUCAUCACCGUCGAGUGUCUUGGCGCUGUUAGCCUGUCGUGGUCGCCCGGCUACCUGGCCGACAAAUCGGAUGGCGCCUCUGGCAAGCACGCAUACAUGGGCUGGAGGCGCAAGAGCGUCUUUGGCCUCUUCCCCCUCGCUGUCAUCCUCGAGCCGUUGUCCAAACACUUUGGCCGGGCCUUCUCUGUCCUGUGGGGAGUGACCUACCAUACGCCCAAGGAAGGGUUCAAACCUUUCUUCCCUAAGAAGAUCACCCAGCGGGUCCGAGCAGUCCUGCGCGGCAAGUCCAAGAGGGACAACCGCAGGGACAUCAUGGCCGACCUGAUCCAGCUACACCAGGACCGGCCCGACGAGUUCAAGGAGCAGUACCUGCGGCGCAUGGCCAUAACCAACUUCGGCGCCGGGCACGAGACCAUGACGUCGACGCUCAUCUCGACGUUCGCCAUGCUCGGCGCCCACCCCGAGGCCCAGCACCGCGUCGCACAGGAGGUGCCCCCUUGCGCGGGCCCUCUUGCCUACGACGACGCCGUGCGGCUCCAGCUCACGCAGGCGAGCAUCAGGGAGGCGCAGCGUCUCCACCCGGUCAUCGGCAUGGCGCUGCCGCGGAGGGUGCCGAGGACCGGCAUGGCCGUCCACGGGCUGUGCAUCCCGCGUGGCACCACCGUCGGCUGCAACCCGGUGUCGCUGCACCGCAGCGCGGAUAUCUUCGGGCGCGACGCUGAGGUUUUCAGGCCGGAGCGCUGGCUCGGUGGCGGCAACGGAGGCGGCGGUGAUGAUGAUAGCACCAGGGCUAUGGAGCGGUAUAACCUCAUCUGGGGUGGGGGUGCGCGGACGUGCCCUGGCAGGCACCUCGCUGAGAUGCUGGUCUCCAAGAUUGUGCCGGCGCUGGUUGCGAACUUUGAGGUCGAGGUCACUAUGCCGCCGGAGGAUGAGAUGCCGUAUUACUUCAUGGCCAUGCUCACUGGUGUUAGGGCCCGGUUCGUCCCCAAGAAGGUGGCAUCGCAGGAGUCUGAGGUGAUCGAGUGA